AUGGCGUCGAGGCAAGCUAAGGAAGAGAGGGCCGAGACGGCGGCGAGGAUUGCGGCCUCCGACCUCAGGGACGUGAACCGCGACCGGGAGAGGGAGCGAGAGUACGAAGUGGCCGGAGAGAGAGCGGCCACGUUUGACACGACGGACCAGCCGCAGGAGCAGAGGCCUGGUGUGAUCGGGUCGGUCCUGAGGGUGGUCCAGGACACGUACGAGCACGCGAAGGAGGCGGUCGUCGGGAAGAGCCACGACGCCACCGAGACUGCCCGUGAAGGCGCGGAAUACACGGCUGACAGGUCCCGCGAGGGCUACGACGCCACCACGGGCAAGGCCAAGGAGUACAGGGACUACACGACCGAGAAGGCAAAGGAAACCACCGACUCGGCGGCCCAGAAGGUGAAGGAGAAGACGGGGGAGGCGGCUGAGAAGGCGAAGGAGACGAAGGAGUCGACCAAGGGCAAGCUCGGGGACUACAAGGACUACGCAGCUGAGAAGGCAAGAGAGACCAAGGACUCAACGCUGGGGAAGGCAGCUGAGUACAAGCACUACACUGCCCAAAAGGUCGAGGAGGCGAAGAAGGCCAGCGAGUACAAGGAAUACACGGCGCAGAAGGCCGGGGAAGCCAAAGAGAAGACAAAGGAGAAGGCAGGCGAGUACAAGGACUACGCGGCACAGAAGGCCAAGGAGGCGAAGGAGAAGGCGAGGGAGACCAAGGACGCAGCAUUAGGGAAGGCAGGGGAAUGCAAAGACUACGCGGCUGAGAAGGCGAAAGAGACCAAGGACUGCACAGCGGAGAAGGCGAAGGAAGGGAAGGGCACGACGGUGGGGAAGCUGGGCGAGCUGAAGGACUCUGCCGCGGACGCGGCGAGGUGGGCCAUGGACAUGCUGUCUGGCAAGGAGGAGGAGACCAAGGAGAAAACGUAUGAGAGCCUUGAAUCUGCCAAGGAGAAACUGAGGGAGACGGAGGAGGAAGCGAGGAGGAAGAUGGAAGAGUUGAGGGUGAAGGAGAGAGAGUACGAGGAUGACGCGGCACGCAGGGCCAGAGAGAACAAGGAAGCUUGGGACAAGGAGGGAGACAGGGGCAAAGAGGAGAGAGGAGCGAUUCUGGGCGCGACAGGGAGCGUCAUGGGGGCAAUCAAAGAGAAGCUGACACAGCCAAGCGACAAGAAAAAUGAGUCGCGCAUGGCCGGCAGGGAUGAAGGCGAGGGGCGGGACCAGAGGGCCGAGGCCGAGAAGGUGGUGGAGGUCUAUGUCGAGGACACCCGCCGGGGGCCAAAGCCUCCAAGCUGA